UUCUGUCUUUUCAUUGGACAGUCGAACGCUGACACGCUCUGACAGUUGCGUGUAGGUGACAGCAGCUAGCAUUACUUCACCCGUGAAACUGCGAAGGUUAGUAAGUUAACAUGAAACUACGGGUGAAACUAUAUUCCGCAUAGCUCAAGACACUGCUAGCUAAGAGGAUCAAUCGUUAUUUCUGGGUACGGCGACGAUGUCUGUUCCGGUAGGCGAGGGAUGAAGAUGACACCACUGUUAUGGCGAGUUGUGUCAGUGUGGCUAUGUGUUGCUGUAGCCUGUCGGUACCCUAGUUGCUAUGUUGCUUGCACAGAGUCGCACCAAGAGGCCCAGAGGCCCGUGUCCUCACAGGACAUCAGUUCGGAGGAAGAGUCAGGGGAAAAGUUUCAUGAUCACAAGGUUGAGGAAAGCUGGGUUUUACCUGCCCAGUCCCUAUCUGAAAAUGAGCAGUUGAUAAAGGAUAAAGAGCAGAAAGAAGAACAAUCAACAUCACCAUCAGAGGUGGACAAAAAUCAGUAUGCAGAGGCCCUUGAAGUAAAGGAGCCCACUGCAGAGUUGGAAGCAGACAAAGGAAUUUCACAAACUGAGCCAGAACCUGAGCAAAACUCAGAAAAUCAGCAUCCCAAAUCUUCCAUCACUCAAGAGCAGGACUCAGCCUCUCCGCACAGUUCACCUGACCCUCUCUCUGACACCUCUGUUGAUCUUAAAGACAACCCCAGCAUCCUUAAUCUUCAGGAUGACAUUGCACAUAGUGUUUCGGAUGAUGCAUCUGAUGUAGUUGCACCUGAGAUCACUGAUUCAGAACUGCCUCCAGCUGACUGUGAAGAAGAAGAGAACAACCCCUAUGACAGUGAUAGCAGUCCUCCAGUAGUUCUGGAAAACACUUCCAGUGUUAACACUGCAGGAGCUAAAACUCACACUGACCCUCCUUUGAGUUCUCCAGCCAGCCAUAGCACACAGCAUCUGGAGGCCAACACGUCACACAUGCUGAAAGAACAACAGGACCUGAGCUCGACUGUUACCACAGAGACAGAUUCCACUGUGAGUGGCAAAGACCCUGAGGAUAUCCCAACUUUUGAUGAGUGGAAGCGGAAGGUGAUGGAGGUGGAGAAAGAAAAGACUCAGUCUGUUCAUACUUCUAACAAUGAGGCUUCUCAUAUGGUGAAAAAGAUCCAGAAGAACUUUAAUAACUACGCCUCAGUGGAGUGUGGAGCCAAGAUUCUUGGCGCUAACCCCGAGGCAAAGAGCACUUCGGCCAUACUGAGGGAAAACAUGGACUUAUACAUGUUAAAUCCCUGUAGUAAUAAAAUCUGGUUCAUCAUUGAGCUCUGUGAGCCCAUCCAGGUGAAGCAAUUGGACAUUGCUAACUUUGAGCUCUUCUCUUCCACUCCUAAAGACUUUCUCGUUUCCAUUAGUGAUAGAUAUCCAACAAACAAGUGGCUUAAACUGGGAACCUUUCACGGCCGGGAUGAGCGCACAGUUCAGAGCUUCCCAUUAGAUGAACGUCUUUAUGCUAAAUAUGUAAAGAUGUUCACCAAGUACAUAAAGGUAGAGCUGGUGUCUCACUUUGGUUCUGAACAUUUCUGUCCCCUCAGUCUCAUAAGGGUGUUUGGUACAAGUAUGGUGGAAGAGUAUGAGGAUAUAGCUGAUCCCACAGAAAAACCAGAUGAUCAGGAUGAUGACUUUGAAAAUUAUCCUGUUGGAUAUGCACCUGAUGAAGUCAAGUUAUCCAAGAAUCUGAUUGGAUCAGCAAAAGGUAAGUAUAGCAAUCAUGGAUUUUUACCGCAUAAAGUGGACUUUGGUGAUCCCAGAGCAGGACUACAAGUAACUUCUUUCUCUGAUGUUUACAUGUUCUCUUCAGAUGUCAUUUUGAAGAUGGUAAAUGAUAUAGCUGUCAAUGUUCUCGGCGGAAGCCCAAAUAUGCAAGGAAACAUUUCAUCACAGGAUGUAAACAUGACUGAUCCAUCAACCCAACUUAAAACCACCAAACAAACAACCAGUACAGACUUUACUUCAGUUCCAGACUCUGAAGAGGAAAAGAUUUUACUAGACUCUGAUAUCCCUGUCACAGUAGCACCCUCUACAGAGACCCUCGUGCCAGAGACCCCUGCCACCAAUACAAGCAAACAAGAGCUCCUCCCAACAGAGGAAAAAUUUGUGAUUCCUUUAGGGAAAGAUGAGGAAGAACCUAUCAGCUCUACAAUCACCCUUUUGGAUAAAGAGGAGGAGAUGGAUGAAGAAAAAGUGAAAAGGCAUCAUCAUGAGCGACAAGAAGAAACCCUAAACUACUGUCCGUUACUUCCUUCAUUUUCUUCCUCUUGCUCUUGUGCAGCUUCCCUCCAGGAGUAUCUCCGUCGGCAGUGUUCAGCCCUGCUCUCCAAAAGAAGGAAGUGCCAAACUGUGGGCAGGAAGCAAGUGAUUGCUCCCAUCCAAACAUCCGUCUGGCACCAACCCUUGUCUCCUUCUGCCACCCCUGAACCUCAACAGCACCACAGUGAGGUACAUCAUCAACAUGAAAAAGAACAAGCUUCUGAACUGGAGCCAGAGAGCAGAGCCAGCCCAUCAGAAACCCCACAGCCUUCGGGGAGCACAGCAGAGUCUCACAAAGAGUCCAUGUCAGGACCUCCUCUGCUGGAGCCCAGUCAAACCUCAAGCCUCCCCAAACCCAGUGCCGCUGACUCAUCAUCUGCCAAACCUACCCCUAUUGUGGAGACACCACAGCUGUCUUUUGACAAUCCAGGAAAGAGCCAGGACGUGCUGGCUGAAGAGAAGCACAUUGAACCCUCAGCCUCUCUCAGUGGCUCCAUCUAUGUGCAGCCCAGUGUCAGUGCUACUGUGGAUGGUACCUCAGUGGUGCCAGAAGAAGAAGAGAAAUCUGAUUCUGAUAUUUCUCAAGCAGAGAUAAGUUCCCCUGUCCAAAGCCCAGAUAAGACAGAUCAAACUGAAAUCCUCCAUCCCACCACCUCCCCUCAUUUAGAACAUCACCCUGACCCACCAGCUGUACCUGAAAGUGGUGCUGCUUCCACUGAAGUAACCCAGCCUGCUCCAGACUUCAUCACAGAACUUGGUCGCCCACUCAUCACAGAAAAUAAAAUGGAAGAUUUUGCAGAAGACAUCUCUGCAUCAUCUCCCUCCUCUACUGCUUCCUCUCCUUCAUCGUCUACCUCACCGCCCCACUCGGACAUCUAUGCAGAUCCCCCCAAUGGCACAGAGCAGAACGGGAACCUGGUGCAUGGCUCCAGCCAGAAAGAGUCUGUCUUCAUGAGACUCAAUAACCGCAUCAAGGCUCUGGAGAUGAACAUGUCACUUAGCGGACGUUACCUGGAGCAGCUAAGCCAGAGGUAUCGAAAACAGAUGGAGGAGAUGCAGAAAGCUUUCAACAAAACCAUCAUUAAACUCCAGAACACCUCAAGAAUGGCAGAGGAGCAGGACCAGCGUCAGACUGAAUCCAUUCAGUUGCUGCAGGGGCAACUGGAGAAUAUGACUCUGCUGGUUCUCAACCUGUCUGUCACAGUCAGCCAGCUGCAGAGUGAGGUGUCAGACAGGCAGAACUACCUGGUGCUGUCUCUGGUGUUGUGCCUGUGUCUCGGCCUGCUGCUGUGUGCCAACCACUGCCGCAUCGCUAGUCUUCCUCCAGCCACAGAACCAGAGCCACCCAUAGCUAAGAGCUACACCUACUGCUGCCCCGAAAGGCAGUUCUCUUCCUGUGAUGAGAUGGGCUUGAAGAGGAGUGCAUCCUAUCCACUCAUACACUCUGAGUCGUUCCAGUUAAACACCACUGACGACCCAGAAAUGUUGCAUGCAGAGGACACACAGAGUCUUUGUCCAGCUAACAGAAAGAGGAGACGUCGUAAGAUGAAACCCAUGGAGAAAGUGGAGACUCUGAAACCCUCUUUUCACACUGCUCCAGAACUGUGUAAUGGAGGUGUUGUAUGUAAUGGUGGACCUGUCACCACACACCCCACACCUCUUGCAAAAAGGUUGCUUCAACCCAUGUUUAGAGACUCGCCAUCAGAGGGCAGUUCGGAGGGAUCUUCACAUUCAGAUGACCCCUCCUUCUGUGGCAUCACCACAGCUUGCACCCGAAUAUGUGAUGGGCUUCCUCCAGCCAAGACCCGGGUGGAGAAACGGGCAUCAAGACGCAGGCGUCCUAAGCCCAGUUGCACAGUGGUGGACUUACUUCAGGCCUCAAGGAGAGACAAGAGCAAACCAUUGCCCAUCUCUACCAUACAUGACAUGAUGAACAGGAAAACAGAGCCAAGCUCUGCGACAUUUGGGGUGAAUGUUGCCCUCUCAGGACCUGUUUGACAUUUAAUGUCUCCACUCCCUGUCACUGAAUGCAUGGGGUUCUUCCCAGAAAGCAUAGAUGUUAAUUUUUGAAUCCACAGGUAGCUUUAAGCUUCAACAUGAUACAGUCCCUUCACUAUGACUAGGUUUUUGUUCAUGUUCAUGUUCACUGUUCAGGUCUUGUCAGAUGUUUAUAUUUGUUAUAACUUAAAUCAAAAAAUGUCUUUCAAUUAAAGCUUUUUUCAUUUCUUUUGGAAAUACUGACUGUUCAACCCACAAAUUUUACAAAAUAAUUCAGUAGAAUUUUGUUACACUGACUCAACAACCAGUAACUCCUUUGUGGAGAAAUUCCUGUUUUGUGUUUUUUUGUGUUUUUUUUGGUUUUAUUUUUUUGUUUUGUUUUGUUGUUUUUUAACAUAUCUCAUUCUCUAUCUGUGCCUUUACUUCAUAAGAAUUCAGUUCUGGCCUGUUGGUAAAUGUGCCUCCAAUUUUCAAGGGGAGCACAGAAUUGUUGGGAUUGAACCAAGCUGAAAUGCAGGGUUCAGUGCAGGGUGUUUGUAAAAUAUACAAUUUGAAGCAUUUUGUUGAAUGAAAAUGAACCUGUUCUGUUUGGAUGGAAUUCCAUGCCUCUAUCCAUCAGUGAAAUUGUUAAUCAAAAUAUUAGGUUACAGUGAGCUACUCAAAUUUUGGUGGUGUUAAGUUUAAAGUAUGUCAUGUCAACAUUUCCAGAUGAAAAACAGGAAAAAGUUGUAUCAAGUGUGAAGAGUUUGAACAAUAAUAACAAAAAGUUAAACGAG